GGUCGCAACGUCACAGGCAACUGCCGCCAUUUUGACUGAGCAACCCUAGUGACAGGAGCCGAAGCCGCAGAGCAGGUUGUCCCCAUUUCCCCUCCCCCUUCCCUUCUCCGGUUGAUUUCCCGGGCCCCCUACACUCCACAGUCCCGGUCCCGCCAUGUCCCAGAAACAAGAAGAAGAGAACCAUGCGGAGGAGACCGGCGAGGAGAAGCAGGACACUCAGGAGAAAGAAGGUAUUCUCCCAGAGAGAGCUGAAGAGGCAAAGCUGAAGGCCAAAUAUCCAAGCCUAGGACAAAAGCCUGGAGGGUCUGACUUCCUCAUGAAGAGACUCCAAAAAGGGCAAAAAUACUUUGACUCAGGAGACUACAACAUGGCCAAAGCCAAGAUGAAGAAUAAGCAGCUGCCAAGUACAGGACCAGACAAGAACCUUGUGACUGGUGACCACAUCCCCACUCCACAGGAUCUACCCCAGAGAAAGUCCUCCCUCGUCACCAGCAAGCUUGCGGGCUUGUUACUUUUGAAAGGUUCACGGAAUAGCGGAAAGAGUGCUGGUUUAGGAGUCGAGGCAUCUGGUUGAAGUUCCGCUCAGUCUCAGCAGAACUGAUGUAUAAGCUUGGUCAAGUCAUUUAGCCUCUCUGAAUUUCUAUUUCCUCAUCUGUAAAAUAGGGUUAACAUAUAAUAUUGAUUCUGAUUCUAAAAUUUUAUAAUUGCCAACAGAAAAAGCCCUGUGCUAUUCAUAUAAAACUAAUAGUGAGGAAGGCCCGUGGGUAAUGAGCCUCUGCUCCAUGGUACUGGAAAACCAUUAGAGGGCUACAUGAGAAGUGAAGUAGUUGAGUUCUGAGCGUUAUAAAUUCUGGCAAGAGACCCUCAGAGACACCUCAUGGUGUCUUGAGGAUCAAGAAAGAAACCUAAGAAGCUGCUUACCUCUGACCCCACCCACGUCCACAGCCUACAUCUGGGCCUUAGCUGCUAAAAAGCUGUUACAGCAGCAGAGCUGUGGGCCUGAGAAAACACAGUCAUGCACAUGUGUUGACCCACGUUUCAGAUGUAGUCAGAUGCCAGUGUAUUGUUAGGGAAAGGAGAGAAAAGGGAUAAACUGAGCAAGCCUCUGGGGGCUCAGUUCUACUGCAAGCCUGGAGCAACAGGUUCUUGAGAGAUGAUUCACCUUAGAGGAAGCUGGGGAAAAUGGUUAGGGAGAGAGAGGAGGAAGCUAAGAAAUCUCUUCCCAGAACCCAGUAACCCAGCUCUUGCAUGGUAAGGAGAGGUGCCAGUGCUGAUUCAUGAACAAGUAGAGGAAAGGAGACCAGCAUCUUCAGUCUCAUUAUCACCAUCUUGGCCUGAAACUUAGUAAAUGCAUCCUGCUAGUUAUGAUAAAGAGGGCCAGGGUGAGAAUUAUUCAAAAGAGCAAGAUUCUGUAAUCCUCUUGCCAUCUCACCACACAAUUGUGAUAUACCAAACACUUGGGCCAAUGAGAAUGACUGAUACAUUUGCUGACGUGCAGAUGCGGGAGAUUAGGUGCGUGUGCACUUCUAAAUGGCCGUCUAAUUUUCAGGCUGUUGUACAGAUUGGGUAAGAAAAACUUGGUGAGGAAGGAAUGGAGAGAGCAGGAUCCCUGGACCUCCUAGCCCCCAGCCUCCUUGACUGUCACUUGUAAUUGUAUAUGAUUUUUGUGUUUCUUGCUCCAUUUCCUCAUGCUGUCAUCCUUAAUCUAAAGUCCAUGUGGGAAGGGGGAAAUGCCAAACAUCAUUGUAUAGUUUCCUCAACUAUCCCAGCCAUGUUGUACAUAGAUAUGUCAUGUUAUUAUAUAUAUAAAUAUAUAUAUAAUUUUGUACGUUUUCUUCAUCUCCGAUCUUCUCGAAUUCUGUACUUUUUUCUUUUCUGUCUGAGCUGCCUUCUCUAUUGUUUGAGUCCUCCAGACUACUGGUCACAAUAAAUCUGGUUUUUAGGAAGGAAUAGAAAGAGUAGGAAAAUCAGAAAAACUUUUGGUCUCACUCUCCUCCCUACUUGGUCAAUCUUCAAGGAUAAGAAAGCAAAGAAACAGGCUACCUCCUGUGUCUGUCCCUCGUUUCCACAGCAUGAAGUAUGUAGCUUCCUUAGCAAGGAAGGCUCAUUUCAAAAUCCAAACGCAAAUUGCUUUGAUUAAACACAGAUGAAAUCCACUCAAAAC